UAGAGCAAUAAUACACAACAGUAUGUGUACGAUGUGUUCCAAUAGUUAAUGUAGACAAUAAUGUGAUUGAUUGAAUGGUUGUUUGAUAAGUUGUGGAGUCCUGACGAAGUGGUGAUAUGACCCACUACGUUAACCGUUCACUCUCCCUCUUUCUGUUAGUUCUUGCCUUUGAGGGGGGGUUCUGCCUUAAUAAGGAGACAUGUGGAACGGUGACGGAGGGGGCUGUCAAGAAGGAUGCAGAGUGCGUAAAGGUGGAUUUUUAUCAUACUCAUCUCGAGACUCUAACUUGUAAAAACACAACGUCAACUGAACUGUGUUGGAGACCAUGUGACAAUGCGAGCUACUUGACAGACAAAUACAUCACCUUUUCCAAUAUACUGUCGCCUACUUAUAACAAAACCAAGUUGUCGUACGACUUGAAGAAGCUGAACAUUAUUUACAGUAUGGGGGAAUCAUUCAUGUUCGCACUGCAGAAGACAUCUCUGUUUGAUUUGAUGGAAAAAAUAAUAACUGAGAAAUGGUUUGAGGAUGGCUACACACAGGGCAGAAUUCUACAGGUGGUUGAAGCAGAGCUACCUUGGUUUAUUGUGAUAGGAUUCCUCUUGUUCCUGGUUAUCGGUCUCACCUUGUUCGUUACUUUCUCAAUGUUAGACGGGCUUUUUGGCUGGACUGAUGGCACUAAAAGACAGAAGAUGGACCCCUCCAACGGUACUUGGGUUAACUUCUAUGGAUUCCUUAUCAUAAUCUUCACCAUUAUGGUUUUGUGUAGCUGUCUGCUCUGUUUUGUGGGCAACGUCCUGGUUACUGAAAACAAGGGUCAAGCAGCUCUUCAGCUACAGUUGGAUUAUAAUUGGAGUAUGGCUUACGAGGAACAAGGAGCUCAGCAAUUGAGUGAAUUCAUAUAUGAAUUCAACGAUCAACUUUUGCCAAAGUUGGUAGAAUGGUAUAACGAGGCAAUACCAACAGCAGUGAGCAGAAUACAAGCUGUCACAACAGCUGAUCUAGCAAUAUUACACACGGAGGUGGCAACUCUUAAUACACAUUUGAAUGGAGCGAGGAAAAUAUCGGAACUGAUAACUACUGUACAAGAGAUGAUGAAUUUAGCAUCCUAUGUCAGUUCGAAUAUCUCGUCAGUCAACUGCACCAAAAUGAUACCCACAUUAGCAGAUGCAUAUUGCAAAGCAACAGAUUUCACUGAUGCGGCUAAUGACGAAUGCUGGACACAAAAGGACGCUGAAGAUUUCAGCAAGCCAACUAAUACGAUGAUAGAUGAUUCCUGGCCUGUAGUUACAACAUUAAUAGAGGAGAAGCUAAUUGAGGCUAUGACGAACUCAUCCAAGAUUAUUGUGGCAGCCUGGGAUGCUAAGAUAUACGAUGAUUUCUUGAAGGGAGAGGCACGAUGGAAUAAACUUAAGACUACGUUGGAAGAGAGAACAGCUACAUAUAGAGCAGCAUUCGCCCUACAAGUAGCCCAGGCGAAAAUAAUGGCAUCAAGUCAGAUGGAAAGUUUCAUAACCCAGCAAAAAGUGGGGUUCAAAGAUUUCACUCAAGCAAUUCAAUUUCCUAACUACUUUUUUGGUGAAACCUCGCUCCUUUCAGACGUCAAUCAAGUGAGGUACUUCGCAUUCAUAGUGGUAAACGCCCUGAGUUUAGCGACAGUGUUUGUGGGGGUAUUUGCCUGGUGUGUGGGGUGCUGUAACUUCAAGGCAGACCAGAGACCAACCUCCAGAGGAGCCAAGUCACAUUAUCCGGGUAUGAUAAUCUACUUCUCGUCGUAUGCCGCGCUGUUUCUGUCAUUAUUCUGUAUCAUGACCGGUGUCAUCUACUUUAUUCCCACCUCACUCUUCGCUUUCUCUUGUGACGUCUACAAGAAGGCUGAUGAAGCGAUGCACAGAACGGUUGUCCAAGAAGAUGAUCAAAACUUCUUUGUGUUCUGGGACAAACAUCUGGUAGUUGACUACAACAUCCUGGCACUUUACACCCACGGACAGAAGAAUUUCAACCUGACUUUCAACCAGUUCUUCAGAGCUUGCCUGAGAGACGACGCUCUGUUUGAUGCAUUAAAACUGGCAGAAAUUUGGCCGACAAUACCGGACAUUUUAGCGGUGAACGAGACAUUGGAUACGGUGUUUCACGUCAACCAGCUCAAAUUGGCAAAAUUCGACGAUCAAAUUCUGAUGGAGAAAGAGAAAGCAACACUCUGCCAAACACUGCACCAGACUCUAGAGGUACUGCAGUUCACUAACCUGGAAGCGACCUUCAAGAAGGGUAAGACGACCCUGUUUAAUGACACACAGGCCAAUGUUGAAGCGUGGCAGGCGAAUAUUGAGAAUUGGAACAAGAAAAUGAAGAAGAAACUGAAAAAGGAGGAUGAUUACAAAGCAUUCAAGGAGCACUGCCUUGAGAAAUGGGUGACCAAUGAAGAUAUAAUAAAAGACAUGGGAGAAUGGCAAGAGGAACAGGAAGAAGCAGCUAAGAAGGCGACUUCAAAGAGGAGACGCAAACGGUUCAACUGGGACGAUUUCGACUCAGGGGGUGGUGAUGAUGAUGAUGGAGGCGGCAGUAAUACUGACUAUUCUAAACUUGGGAUUGGUGCUUUGAGCAAGAAAUUCAACACACUUAUGGCAUCAUAUGACGCCCUAUACACGCAACUUAAUAUCGACAUAUUAACAUCAAAGAUACAUUCUCUAAAUGCAUACAGUAAAUGGAGUGUCCUUCAACCAUUCUAUCUCGAGACCCGGGGUCCUACAAUUCUAUUGUCGACGAUAAUAGAAUACGGAAAUAUAAUCCUGACAGAGAUAGACUGCUUUGUGAUAACAGCUUCAAAGCAGAUUGAGCACCAAAUGGGACAGUGCCGCACUAUCUAUGAUGUGUUGGACGGAACUAUGACAUACUUCUGUAACUUCUUGGUCGGCCCAAUGACCAUCACCUGGAUCUCCUUCCUACUAGGUGGAAUAGCUCUCAGUCUCUAUAUCCAGGCUGCUCGGGCUGUCUCCAUGUACUUCCUGAGGAUGGACGCUGUACAUCCGGGGGACAUCUCACAAGAGGAGAAAGUUGCCGCUAUGAAGGGGGACGGAUAGACUCUCUGAAAGAGUACAUCCAAAUAUUUCUGUGCCGAACAUUCUCCUUGGACUAAUUAUCCUGGUGACAGUAGUACUGCUGGCUGCUAUAGUUUACGCUAAGAAACCAGCAGAAACACCCUCUGAGGAAACGGAAAACGCUGACCGCUCCCACUUUUCUAAAAUCAGGACUACCGUCUCCAUGUGGAGGGACUGAAAAAACAAGGAACUGAUUUGUUGAGUGUGUAUCUCUGAAUUAUUAUUCUGAUUAUUGUUUUAAUGGACAUGUAUGUUCCUCACGGAUUGGUUAUGUUAUAUAUUGUUUUUCAGUAUUUGGGCGAGAAACGAGACAAUAGACAUCGUGUGAUUUUAAACUUUCUGUUUCAUUGAUUUUAAACUUUCAGUUAGCUACUAGAUUGUUGAUUAAUGUUGAUCAUGGCAACACUCAGGAGAUAGGAUUUGAGAGCUUUGCGUUUGAGGAAAGAAUUAAUUGGAUAUAACAGAAUAUUCGAAUCGUCAGUAUAGUUGGCGAGAAACGGAGGUCGUGUUCAUUAAAUCACAAAAAACUGUCAAAAUAAUGUUGAAGAACUUCAGUUAUUGCUUAACGAUCCUUUUAAAAGUGUCUAGAUAUGCCCUGAUCACACAAGGAAGGAGACAUCUAGCAACAGGAUCAGUAUUCAUAGAGGGAGUUAAUUUAUAUUCUGAAAUCUGAACAAUGCAUUAAACAUGGGAGUUGUUAUUGAGUCUCACAUUCAACAGAAAAGAUAGUUGUGAUUUUGAGAAAGUUGUUUAUUUCCCAUUACUGUAUUGUUCCAAAUAUAAAUUAACUUUUCCAAUAAAAACUUCCUGUUGCUAGAUGCGCGGCCUUCCUUCUUUCUUUGUAGGAUCAGGGCAUAUGUAGACAGUUUUAAAAGGAUCGUUAAGCAAUAAAUUUCUGGGAAAGUUGACAACGGAAGUUGGCAGGAGAAUACCAUUAAUGUUCAAUCCAACGUUGCCACCCAUAAAGGUUGAUUAAAUGUGUGGCUCGCAUUUGAGUUUAAUAUUUUAUGGUGAGUUAAUUGCCAUGUCUAUAACUUGAAUAUAUUGUUUGGAUUUGAGGGAAUAACGAAGCGCUUCGUGUGCAAUCCAAUAUUUUAAUCGAUUGAUUAUAAGACCAUUAAAUUUG